AGGCAGAGCUACAGUCAGUGCUGGUCAGAGCUGAGUGCACUACAGUCACUGGCCUAAAACCGAGAAAGAAAAAAAACAAAACAGCUUUAAAUCUGCCAGAAAACGCUGAACACCCCUUAGCAGCUCACUUCACUUCACUAAUCAGAGCUGUAAGGAGCUGAUUUGACUUUCAGAGAGGUGAAGAAGAGAGAUUAGAGAAACAGAGGAGGGCGUGACAGGGAGCCAGCGGAGCAGGCAAGCUGCUACUGCAAGGGGAGGAAGAGCAGGCUAUGCACCAGCCAAAGCCAGAGGUCAAGAAAAAAAGCGAAAGAAUAGUGAAAAGGUAGACUCUUGAGUGAGAGGAGGGUCAUUUGUGAUCUGAGCCAGAAAAACAGAAACCAGCCUCUCUUUGUUGUUGUGUGGGCCUCCGUGUGGAGAGGAGGAUGUGAAGGAGAGCAGCAGGGAGGAAGGGAGGCGACUGCAAGAAAGACAAGAAAAUGCUCUCAGAGAUGAUGUGCAGGAGGAGCUGCCAUCAGCAGCAGGAUGGAAAAGAGGCUCCACAGAGGGACGCCGCCAGCCGCAGGAAGCACGGCUGGUCCAAGAGCUGCAGGGGGCGCCUGCAGGGGCGGAGGACAGGAGGGUGGCCGAAAGGGCGCAAUCACCACCAUCAACACCCUCAACGUCAUCAUCCUCAUCAACAUCAUCCCCGACACCUCCAGAGGAUGGUGAUGUCUCUCCGGCCCGUCAACGUCAAGGGAAACAGAGCGAGGGGGAUGCGGGCCCCCAAGAACACAAACCAGUUUCUGAUGCACGAGAAGUACCAGAUGCUGCACAUGCGCUCCGACUCUGUGGGGAGCGACAGUGGCAGCAGCUCCGACAGCGACAUGGAGCUCACGGACAUGGACUCAUACCUGGGCGUCCUGGAGAAUGCCAGAGGAGCCCUCCUGGACAGUCCCAACCCACACGGCUCAACAACGCCACCAGGACAGAUCCUGGUACUGCACGAGGACAGUCUACACCUGCACGGGGACAGUCUGCGUCUGCAUGAAGACAGUCUGCGUCUGCAGGAGGACAGCAUGCAGUAUUUCCCCUCUGAAGACGACCUGAUGCAGAGUCAGAAUUUCAUGCAGAGGGACUUUGUUGAGUUCUGUGACAUCCUGACAUCCUGAAGAGAAACUUUCAGGGAGCCAUUUUGUUCCCAUCAGUGUGAGACUCAAACCUCAGACUGAACGGGGUCAGUGUGUCCAGGUGCUGUAAAGUGCUGCCUUUCUGUUGUUGUCGCACACAAAGGGAGAUGGGCUAGGUGGUGGGAGUGAGCCCAAAGAGCCAAUCAGAAUCGAGCUGCCUGGAUUAGACAGCAGACGAUUGGCAGAUGCAGACUGUCAUUAACAAAAAGCCUUUAACUGUUCUGAAUAAAAAAAACAAAAAAACAAAAACACAAAUAAAUAUCUGAUUGAUGUAACGUGGGCCGAGUAUUUGUUUUUGUGGAUAUAAAUGAGUGUGUAUGAAAUUUUCUAAAAGUGUUAAAGUGUGUCACUGAGUCAUCUGGGUAGCUCCGAGUGAAUAAGGCAAAGUAAAGCCAUGUAAAAAUACAUACUUAGUGU